UAAAGGUGGACCACAUUAUAUAAAAGAAAGAAUAAAAUACAGCCCGGAGGAGGAGGCCAGGCUGGAAAGGAAACAUUUCUGGAGAAUAAUUGAUGCUUUUAGAUAUUACAGGUAUGAAAAGGUGUUUUGAAAUAAAGACAGGCCGCGGGUGUUUUGUGUCAAUACAUGGCAGUGUUAGCAAAUAAUAGCAUAGAGAAGAACACAAAGUCUAAAGGAAAAAAAGGGCUUACUGAUGUGCUUAAACUGUAUUUAAACGUUAAAUAGCGACACCUACUUUUGAACUAACUCUGCUCGCUGCAUUUGACCUCUUUUGAUCAGCCCUUUCUGCCUUUCACACUGCUCACAACACACUUAAAUACAGUGAAAGAGAAAAAAAGUGAACCUUGUGCACAGCAUGGUUAUGGUGAUCAGUGUAGCUGGUGAAGCCUGGGUCUCAGCUCUGUGUCUUCCUGCCAGGAUCCAUGUUCAGGAGCAGGUCAAACGCGCGGAGCGUCAGUUUCAGAGUCUUCCGCAACACCACCAGGAUCUGCUGCCGCACGUUUUGUCCAACCUAGCCCAGAUUGGCCAGUGUGCGGACCACAACCAGGAGGUGCUGCAGGCUAUCGUCCACCACAGCCUCCACAUGUUUGAGAACAUGGAAUACGGAGAGAGGCAGGAGGAUCCAAGGAAGAUUCGUCCAUCCUCUACAUUUGACAUGGACAAACUUAAGUCCACCAUAAAACAGUUUGUGAGAGACUGGAGUGAGUCAGGCCAGGCUGAGAGGGACUCCUGCUAUAAGCCCAUCAUCCAAGAGAUCCAAAGACUUUUCCCAAGUGAUCAAUAUGAUGUGUCUAAGGUGAGCGUGCUGGUUCCGGGUGCUGGGCUUGGCCGUCUAGCCUGGGAGAUAGCUCGGCUGGGUUACAUGUGCCAGGGAAACGAAUGGAGCUUCUUCAUGCUCUUCUCCUCAAACUUUGUUCUCAAUAGGUGUGAAAAGGUGAAUGCUCUGACACUCUACCCCUGGAUCCAUCAGUUUAGCAACAACAAGCGAUCCUCUGACCAAACACGACCAAUCAGAUUCCCUGAUGUCAACCCUCAGAGCUUGUCACUAAGUGCAGACUUCUCCAUGGUAGCAGGGGACUUUGUGGAGGUCUACAAUGAGCCAGAGUCCUGGGACUGUGUGGCUACCUGCUUCUUCAUCGACACGGCUCAUAAUGUGUUGGAGUAUGUGGAAACUAUCUGGAAGAUUCUUAAGCCUGGUGGAGUGUGGAUCAACCUGGGUCCACUGCUGUAUCACUUUGAGAACAUGGCCAAUGAGCUCUCAGUUGAGCUUAGCUACGAAGACAUUAGGACAGCAAUGGUCAGAUUUGGCUUCCACAUCGAGGUGGAGAAGGAGUCAAUGCAGACCACCUACACAGAGAACGACCGGUCGAUGCUGAGAUACGUUUACGACUGUGCCUACUUUGUUGUGCGGAAGCCUGCAGAGCUGCAGUACUUUAACGGUCAAAACGAAGACCAGCUACAAAACUCUCCACCGGCUGCUAAGUCGCCACGCCGAGAGGGUCCCGACAGCCCGACGUGACAAGAUGUCCUUUGACAAAACCAAGUGAAAGCAUAAGAGCACAAUCCUUGGCUGAGAAAUGACAACAAAGGAAAAGGAAUUUUUUCCUUUUGGCCAGAUAUAUUUUUAAAAAUGUCUGCCCGAAUCCACAAGACCUUGAAGUGGCUCAAAAUGGGGAAUGUAAUAUGAAGUAAGGUGAUGUGAUAUGAAGUAAAGUGAUCUGUACCAUCUGAACAAAAGUCAAAAUACUGGGUCUGAGAUGAAUCACUUACCAUUGGCUGCUACUUUGUGUUUGUGGUUUGUGUGUCAGCUGCUGGCCACGAAGACCAUCAUUUUGUUUUUAGUGUGUGCAUGUGAUAGGAGAAUGUGAUGUGAAUGCCUGCUUUUGAAAUCUUUCCUUUUUUUUCUUUUUUUCUUUUAUGUGCCAAUAACUACAUCUAAUAUUUUUUUUAUAUUGUUUGUUUUGGACUGUCAUCACACUUUGAAAUAAAG